AUGGAGGAGCAGGACUUUCUGGUUCGGUUGGUCAAACGAAUCGAAGAAGAGCCGUCCCUAUACAAGCUCGAGGAUCACAAUUAUAGCAACGACAACGUCAGACAUCAAGCCUUUCUGCGCAUCAAGGACAAAUUGAUCGACGACGGAGCCACCGAGGAUCAAGGUAACGAUUUGAUUUUUUCGUAAGGAUUAGUAGAUGGGAUAGGAGAAAAUAGCCAAUUUUGGCUGCAGGGAAACUGGACGGGGAGAGCACGUCGAAUAGAGAAGGGAACCUUUCAACUUGGCUUGUCGUCCCAAGUUUUAGCGGAAAAAUUAUUUUGAAAAUUUUCCUCCAGGUUUUGCCGUUCAAAUUAUUCUCCAAAAAUUCAAAUAGAUCGAAAAUAAUCAGCAUUGUCAAAAACCACCGCACGGCAAACCGAAAUAGAACAAAAAUGUCUCCCGCCCACUUUUGAGUUUCGUCCAAACGAAGUGUCACAACUGACAAAAGCAAUAAAAUAAAUAAUUUCGAGAAAAAUAUUUUUUCCAUCGAAAACCACACGAAAAGUUCUGUUGUGAAAUUUCGUGUGAAUUUGACCGGUACUGGGUGUGCGAAGUGCCGAAACGAGGAAGAAGACUCCCUGGGUUGCCGUGCACCGGGUUUUUGCCAAAUCAGUCACUAAAUCGGUCAAAAAAGAUUUCUCGGACCCCUACUUGAGCUGGAUAGAAAUUGAGCGCCGGGAAAUUGGCUUUUUUCCCGAUUCCCCAGCGCCCAAUUUCCAUGCAGCCCAAGCAGACGUCCGAGAAAUCUUUUCUGACCGAGCUAUCGACCAAUUUGGCCAAUUUCCCGGUGCCGCAUUUCCAUGCAACCCAUGUUUGUGAUGAAAGACCAACUUGAAGAGUUCCCUCUUUCUUUUUUCCAUUUGACGUGGACGGCCCUCCGGAGGGGAAAUUGGACGGUUUUUUAGUGAUCUUUUGUUUCCCUAUUCGGUCCGAGGCAUGUGCGACCUUUUAUUUCCCUCGCCAUUUUCUAAAAAAUCCGUCCAAUUUCCCCAGUUCUCUUCCGUCCAACUUCCGCUUCUCCGGUUCCCUUCCCUCCAGUUUGUCUACAACCUAUUUCACGCAUUGAUAAACGGUUGUAUUGGACGUAAAAUUUCGUGUAAAUUGUAUUUUUCACAAAAAUACAAGGAUUUUUUUCACGUUUACUUUGAUUUUCGUGAAUUUAAAAAGUUUUGGGUAUCGAAAGUACGAUUUUUGGCCAAAUUUCUUUUUGAUUUGCAUGGUUACCCCUAUUUUUGCAACAUAACAGCCAUUCGCCAUCAUUUCCAACCUAAAUUCAUCAAUAAAAACCUAAUUUUCCUUAUUUUAGCCUCUGUUGUGACGAUCCGCGACAAGUUCCGAAUCUUGAAGCGUCGAUUCAGUUCCGAGCAUCGGCGGAAGGGUGCCAAGAGUCAGUGGCCCUUCUAUCAGCACCUAACUUUUUUGAUUCCGUGUGUGGAGCACUCCUAUGAGCAGGAAGCCAUGAGGAAUGCUGAAAAACGGAAGGUAAGGAUGAUGUAAUCGACAAAAAUUGCUCUUCUCUGAUCAAAUCAGAACUCUUGUUGCAUUUACAAGGUGAAAUACGGUAUUUUAUAAUCCAUUUGAGCAAAAUUUCCAAAAAAAUUACGUUUCGUCAAAUUCUUAUUUUUUUGCGAUUUGUCAUGGCUGUAUGUAGAUUGGGCUCGGUGAAAUUGUGCGCGUUAUGUAAAUUGGGCUGAGGGAAAAAGUUUUAUCUUGUUUUAGGACUCGAACGGCGUUGAAGGGGACGUUGAUGGAGUUGACGUCGGGUACGACGCAAAUGAGACAUGGGACGAGCCGGUGCGCUACCUCUCCGAAAGGGGGAAUGAAAAGUUGUUCCAUCAUGGCUACUUGUACGUUAGAGACGUAGGCUGCAAGGACAGCUGGCGCUGCGCCAACAAGACUUUACGUUGUCCCGGCAGAGUGCGCUUCACUGCAAGGGGUGUGACGGAAACACCCCAUAGACCGGACGAAGUAAGCAGUAGUAUUGAUAGUUGGCUUAUUGAAUAUAGUGCGGUACAGGAAUCAGUGUUCAAAUGCAGGUACCAUUGCGUCCAGGAAGCAUUCCGAAUACCGCUAAAUACCUCUCCUCUAUUUUCUUUCCAAAACUUUGACCCGGCUCCUGAAGAUUAUUACCUCUCAGAGGGCAGGAAGGAGCCGCGCCAGCCACGCUGAAUUUUAGACGAUUCGGAGUGCUUCCUGAACGCAAUGCGAUGAGCUUUUGCCCACUGAGGCCUGUCCCUCACUGUGUCACAACCGAAUAUUUUUAAGCUCCCGGACAUUGGCCGAGCUAUAACCGAAAUCAAGUAUCGCGAAUACCUCGAACUGGCCUCUCAGAGCCGCGAACCCCACAAAGACUUGUACCUCAAGUUCGUCGCCAAGCUCGAUCCCGCAACCCGGCGUACAUUCCCGUCCUUGGAGAAGAGCCGAACUACAGUCCACAAGAUGAGAAAUCGGUUAAACAAAGGCAUUCGUCCCCGAUCAUUUGAAGCGGAAACUCUUCAGUCAUCGUCGGGAAAUGCCUCAAAGUCGGUUGUUGAAGACGGCGGUGCAGAAGACUCGAAUCGUUUUGUAAUGUUUGAAAAAUUUUCAGCAAAUCUGUAUUCAGUAAAGCAACAGCAAAAAGAGCUUUGAUAAGGGGUAAAAAAGUACUGUCGCAAAUUUUUCCUCACUGUCAGCCCAAUUUACAUACUGCGCCAAUUUCCUUUCAGCCCAAUUUCACACACAAUCUGCCCAAUUUCCAUACAGCCAUUUUUUGCAAAAAUUUUCUAAUUUUCUCAGCAAAAUUGAAAUUUUUUGCCUUGUUCAUAUCAGUAAACAGGCCUGAUGGAGUCCGCCCAGUGCACAAAGAACAAGUUUGUGUAUACGGCGAGUGUGGCCUAGCUACCAGGUUGCCAAGCGACCGUCCCAAAUUUUCGGUCCGGCCUGAUUUAUGACUCGAAAAGUGCUAGUUAUUUCCGAAUUUUGUGGUUCUCCAUAAAUCCUAAGAGUAGUACGUUCGUUUCCACAACUUUUUGCCGAAAUCCUAGCCGUUUUGGAGCACUAAAUUGAAGUUUAUAUCGCUUUAGGCAAGUGUAAUAUAAAUUGAUGUGAAGCGUUUAUGUUGUAAAUUACGUUACAAAUUUUUUAGUGGUCUAUGGCCUCGUCGACGCCCAGAGGAUCUCCUGAGGACAAUGACGGCGAAGGGUCGGUCGUAUCCGUCAAGGAAACCCUGGAACAAUCGUUGAAUUUGCCCAGAUCUGUGACCAGACGUGGAGUCAACCCGUUCAACAAGGACGAAGAGAAGGUUUUGUUCAACGCGGACUUGCAGACAUGGCUGAGAACGCAUACGUGUUGUGGAGUGAAGACCAAGCCAGUUUAUGACCAAAUAAUUGAAGCCAUUCAGAUGAAGGUAGGGCAAUAUCAAAAGUCUUCAAAAAAAUAGAUUUUUGUUUGACAUUGACAUUAUAGUUACGAUUUCCAAGUGUAAUAAAGCGUGAGCUUUAUUAGUCACGCGAUUAAGCAACUGUAUUCCUCGUUUAACCCCUUCAAAUCAUCAAGAAAUUACCUUAUCCAUCAAAUUUCAGGAGCAAGGAAUAGUUUUCCCCGCUCACCUCGAAAGAGAUUACGUAAUAUACGCCGAGAAGUACGAAUUGGUCAAGGACGAAGUGGAAAACUAUGUAGUGUACAGAAAAGGCAAGAAAGUGGUUCAUGAAGCGGAGCUUUUCGACAUUCUCUAUGAUCUCCAUCAGAAGACGGCCCAUUCCAGAAGAGAUGUCAUGUUCAAAAAGUUGAAUGAGAAAUACGACGGAAUCAGCAAGUAAGUCGCUAAAAUGAUUUGUGUAGAGUAUAGUAUAGUGUUUUCUGGAAUGAUUCGGGCUUUGGUAUUACUGUAACUUCGGAUUUUUCGGAAAAUCAUCAAAUUUUGAAUUUUCGAUAUUUCGGCGGAAAAAUUUUUUUGAAAUUCUACUGGUUUUUGUUAUCUGGCGAUGUAAAAAUACAUCUAGUUUGUUGCUAAAAUUGUUUUGAGUCAUCAAAAUUUUUUUGGAUACUGUAUUUUUCCCAAAUUCCCAAAUCUUCCGGAUUUUUCGGUAUUUUUUUUUAUUUUGUCACCGAACUUAUGAAAAUUCGAUGUGAAAAUUGUAGAAUAUUAUAUGUAGAGCAUUUUUACAUCAUCACAAAAAUUUGGGUUACUGUAAUUUUCCAGAAAUUUUUUUAUACUUUCGAAAUUUUCCGAUUUCGAUCCCUUAAAUUAAUUUCCUUCCAGAAAUCUGGUCAUUAUGUUCCUGAAAACAUGCCGUUAUUGCGAACUGAAUGGCAUCGGGAUCCCACGAGAGCGGUCCAGCACCCAGUCCAAACGCAACGGCUCCAGCUCGCCGCAAAACAACUUCCUGAUGGAGAUAAUGCGCGGCGCCGACGAGAACCAGCUGGGCGAGGGCGCAGAUGAGGACGAAGAUUACGGGCCCUCCACCAACAGUAAUCCCUUGUCCAUGUUCCUGAAGGCGUGCGACCAGAAUCUGAUGAGUUAUUGCGACUCCCCCAAGACCGAUUCUAAUGUGAGCAUGGACGAAAAAAACGACUUCGGUGAAGUCAUGGCGCUUGCCGCAUACCAGUUGAGACGUAAGUUGGAUUUUUGGGGGCUUUGGGAAUAAUUAGAGAGAUUUUUGGGUAGAUUUAGCCUGUUUUGGUGAUUUUAGGGCGGAUUUUAUAUUACUUUAGCCAAUUUUUAAAGUUUUUUUGAUUUUUCUCGUCUAAAAUUAGAUUUUUUGACUAAUGGCUAGUCUAGAGAGAAAUUAUGAGCCACAGAAAACCUGUGCGAGCUUUAUUUGACUUAAUUUUGCCGUAUUUUUUAGAGUUUUAUUCAAUUUUUACCUUAUUUUAGGUGUCUUGUUCGAUUUUUGUUUUUCUUUCCUCUAAAACAAGGUUGUUUUGAGAUUAUAGAGGUCUAAAAUAAAAGUACAUGUAAUUUGAGACUUUCAGUUAAAAAAAUUAAAUAAAAUUUCACCUGCCUUUACCCAUUUUUGACCAAAUUUCACCUUAUUUUAGUCAUAUUCCCGCAUUUUUCAACCAUUUCCCUCUAAAAUAAGCCCAUUUCAGAGACAUAUCUCCUUCUACGGGUAGUCAACGAUCCAUCGCAUUUGGUCGUGUGCAAAGUCAAUGAUGAAGACUAUUUCCCCUCAGGCAAGGUUGAUCAUACGGUCGCGGAUCGGGCCAACUGGUCUCCAGGACAAAUCGUGAGAGCGUAGUGAGUUGAAACCACUUCUUAACGGAGUUUUUGUAACAAAAAAGAUCAAAGUUUUCACUUUUUGAAAAAAAAAAAAAUUAAAAAAACUUGUCAAAAGGCGGUUUUUGACGUUUUCCCAACAAAAAGCGCCUCUCUCUUGAAAGAAAAUAAAAAAGCAAAGGGUGUGCCCGGUUAGCUCAGUCGGUAGAGCACCAGACUCUUAAUCUGGCUGUCGCGGGUUCGAGCCCCGCAUCGGGCUAAGGCCAUUUUUGGUGGGGGUUUGAGAUUUUUUGAAGGGGAAUGGCUGUAAAUUAUUUUUUAAGAGUUGUAAAGACGUUUAGAGGUUGUAAUUUUUAUGUUGAAAGCGGAAAUUUAAUUUUUUUGGCAGAAUUUUGGUUUAUUAAGAGAUUUUUAAACGUUUUUACGGAUUUUGAAGGGGUUUGGAAAUGAAAAUUGAUCCGGAGGCGUUUUGUAAAUUAUUUUUUAUGUGGUUUAAAACGGUUUUUAAUUUUUCGAUUUGAUUUUUUCGACGAAAAAAUUUACAAUUUUGAAAAAAUUUGAGAUUUUUCAUCAUUUUUUGGGGUUUUACUUAAAUUUUUGGUAAUAAAUUAAAACAAAGCCUCUAACAUCAAAAUAAAUCCUUUAAAAUAUCUUCUCUUUCAGUUUCGGCUUCGAGCAGCGCCCUAAAGACUGUGUUGUGGAGUCGGUUGGGGCUUCGGAAGCGGUCCAAGACGAGUUUUUCAAAGCCAAACUAAAGCUCACCAAUCAGCCGCAAAACCCACAACGUUCCCAGGAAAAUGGCGCACCAGAGCCGAAGAAAGCGCGGACGGAGCCGGCGGUGACAGCGCGGAACGGCUCGCUUCAGUCGAGCGAUAUGAGGAACAUCCAAAAUCGCUUCGAAGAGAUGGAGGAAAGGCUGCGAUUUCUCGAACAACAGGUCUUCACCAACACCUCAAUCCCCAAGCUAGACUUUAUGGGCACGGGCGCGUAA